GAGGUAACUUUAUAUUUCCUGAGUUUCACACCAAAAUCCUAUGGUUUAUCGGAGUGAAGGCACACAUGCCUUUUGUCAAUGGGAAUUGGAUUAACUUGGUGUUGCUGUGGGUGGUUGGAGAUGGUUGCAAGGGAUGCUUUUGCAGCUUCAGUUCUACCGUGGGCUUCCUGUGCUGAGGGAGUUGUUUGAAUCGCUGUGUUUUGUUCACUGGAUAUAAUCAUGAACAUGAUGAGGAGAUCUCAGGGUGGAGGACGGCCUUGUUGCAUUAGAUCCAGACACACUUCCUUGCAGGACUUACAGCUUUUCCGGUUUACCUGGAAGAUAUCUGGGGACAGGCAGAGGAAGUAGAGAAGAAGCUACAUAGAUAAAAUAAAAUUGCAAAGCCCUCGGAGACUGGAAAGAGUUGUUUCAUCCAUUCUCUGCUUCCAGACCAAAAGGCGUUUCCACCCGCUAUACCGCUGGUCCAUCUGAUGAAUGUUGCUUCCUGUCAUAGAUUACAUUACUGAUAGAGUGCUGGAUUUCAAACUUGAUAGAAAGGCUGUCUAUGCAAUUAAAAAAAAAAAAGAAUUUAAAAGGCACUGAGAAGAAUUCCGAAACAGAACCUGUCCAUAGCAUACUAUGAAUGCAAGAAUUUGAGGGAUUCACUCCAUAGUUACUCACUCUCAGUAUUUAAAAAAUAAGAAAAGUUUUUUCCUGAUUUCUUACCUGUUGAUCUGUGUGCACAUUUACCAUAUAACAAAAAGGUAGUUCCCUAGAUUUUAAGAGGAGUGAUUUUGAGUAUAUGCCCAGUAAUGUAAGAAAAUGUUUCUCCUCCUGUCCCCAUUGUUAAAAGACCUCAUAGGCCUUGUCAUUUGUUUUGUGAUGUAUAUUAUAAAAAUCAAACUCACCACCACCUGUUAAAAAUUGAGGAUGUAAGUUUUUAAAACAGCAUUCUCUGCAUUUCUGUAUUGUAGUUUUGAGAAAGAUACAUAGGAUAAGUUAUUCCUUUUUUUUUUUUUUCUUAGAAGGGUAAAGCCCACUGGCUUUGAGAUGCAGAAGUGUGUUCAGUGUUGAACAUAAGUUACUUCUACUGGCUGAUGUAUUUGAGCAGUACUAGAUGUUUAACUUAGAGUUCAUGCUCGGGUUGGAUGCUUUCAGUGAGGAAACAGGCACAGAGAGGUGCAGUGACAUGGUACACCUACAGCUUGAGCCUCAGGAUGAGAACUGUUGAAUGUUUUCUUCCAAUAAAAACAGGACAGCAGAACACACAUACCAAAGUCAGUACUGAACGCAACAAGGAAUGUCUGAUCAAUAUUUCCAAGUACAAGUUUUCUUUGGUUAUUAGUGGCCUCACUACUAUCUUAAAGAAUGUUAAUAAUAUGAGAAUAUUUGGAGAAGCUGCUGAAAAAAAUUUGUAUCUUUCUCAGUUGAUUAUAUUGGAUACACUGGAAAAAUGUCUUGCUGGGCAACCAAAGGAUACAAUGAGAUUAGAUGAGACGAUGCUGGUUAAACAGUUGCUGCCAGAAAUCUGCCAUUUUCUUCACACCUGUCGUGAAGGAAACCAGCAUGCAGCUGAACUUCGGAAUUCUGCCUCUGGGGUUUUAUUUUCUCUCAGCUGCAACAACUUCAAUGCAGUCUUUAGUCGAAUUUCAACCAGGUUACAAGAAUUGACUGUUUGUUCAGAAGACAAUGUUGAUGUUCAUGAUAUAGAAUUGUUACAAUAUAUCAAUGUGGAUUGUGCAAAAUUAAAACGACUUCUGAAGGAAACAGCAUUUAAAUUUAAAGCUUUAAAGAAAGUUGCACAGUUAGCUGUUAUAAAUAGCUUGGAAAAGGCAUUUUGGAAUUGGGUAGAAAAUUAUCCAGAUGAAUUUACAAAGCUGUACCAGAUUCCACAGACUGAUAUGGCUGAGUGCGCAGAAAAGCUGUUUGACUUGGUGGAUGGCUUUGCUGAAAGCACCAAACGUAAAGCCGCAGUUUGGCCAUUACAAAUCAUUCUUCUUAUCUUGUGUCCAGAAAUAAUCCAGGAUAUAUCCAAGGAUGUGGUUGAUGAAAACAACAUGAAUAAGAAAUUGUUUCUGGACAGUUUACGAAAAGCACUUGCUGGCCACGGAGGAAGCAGGCAGCUAACAGAAAGUGCUGCCAUUGCCUGUGUCAAACUGUGUAAAGCAAGUACUUAUAUCAACUGGGAAGAUAACUCUGUCAUUUUCCUACUGGUCCAGUCCAUGGUGGUUGAUCUUAAGAACUUGCUUUUUAAUCCAAGUAAACCGUUCUCCAGAGGCAGUCAGCCUGCGGAUGUGGAUCUGAUGAUUGACUGCCUUGUUUCUUGCUUUCGUAUAAGCCCUCACAACAACCAACACUUUAAGAUCUGCCUGGCUCAGAAUUCACCUUCUACAUUUCACUAUGUGCUGGUAAAUUCACUGCAUCGAAUCAUCACCAAUUCUGCACUGGAUUGGUGGCCUAAGAUUGAUGCUGUGUAUUGCCACUCAGUUGAACUUCGAAAUAUGUUUGGUGAAACCCUUCAUAAAGCACUUCAGGGCUGCGGAGCACACCCAGCAAUACGAAUGGCACCGAGUCUUACUUUUAAAGAAAAAGUAACAAGCCUUAAAUUUAAAGAAAAACCUACAGACCUGGAGACAAGAAGCUAUAAAUAUCUGCUCUUGUCUAUGGUGAAACUGAUUCAUGCGGAUCCAAAGCUCUUGCUUUGUAAUCCAAGGAAACAGGGGCCUGAGACCCAAGGCAGUACGGCAGAAUUAAUUACAGGACUAGUGCAACUGGUCCCUCAGUCACACAUGCCAGAGAUUGCUCAGGAAGCGAUGGAGGCUCUGUUGGUUCUUCAUCAGUUAGAUAGCAUUGAUUUGUGGAAUCCCGAUGCUCCUGUGGAAACUUUUUGGGAGAUUAGCUCACAGAUGCUUUUUUACAUCUGCAAGAAAUUAACUAGUCAUCAGAUGCUUAGUAGCACAGAAAUUCUCAAGUGGUUGCGGGAAAUUCUGAUCUGCAGGAAUAAAUUUCUUCUUAAAAAUAAGCAGGCAGAUAGAAGUUCCUGUCACUUUCUUUACCUAUAUGGGGUAGGAUGUGAUGUGCCUUCUAGUGGGAAUACCAGUCAGAUGUCCAUGGAUCACGAAGAGCUGCUGCGGUCCUGUGCUCCGGGAGCCUCUCUCCGGAAGGGGAGAGGAAACUCCUCUGUGGAUGGUGCUGCAGGUUGCAGUGGAACCCCACCCAUAUGCCGACAAGCCCAGACCAAACUGGAAGUGGCUCUGUACAUGUUUCUGUGGAGCCCAGACACUGAAGCUGUCCUGGUUGCCAUGUCCUGUUUCCGCCACCUCUGCGAGGAAGCAGAUAUCCGGUGUAGGGUAGAUGAAGUGUCGGUGCACAACUUCUUGCCCAACUAUAACACGUUCAUGGAGUUCGCCUCUGUCAGCAAUAUGAUGUCAACAGGAAGAGCAGCACUUCAGAAAAGAGUGAUGGCACUGCUACGGCGCAUCGAGCAUCCCACUCCAGGGAACACAGAGGCUUGGGAAGAUACACAUGCAAAAUGGGAGCAAGCUACAAAAUUAAUCCUUAACUAUCCAAAAGCCAAAAUGGAAGAUGGCCAGGCUGCCGAGAGCCUUCACAAGACCAUUGUUAAGAGGCGAAUGUCCCAUGUGAGUGGAGGAGGAUCCAUAGAUUUGUCUGACACAGACUCCCUGCAGGAGUGGAUCAACAUGACUGGCUUCCUUUGUGCUCUUGGGGGUGUGUGCCUGCAGCAGAGGAGCAAUUCCGGCCUGGCGACCUAUAGCCCACCCAUGGGCCCCGUCAGUGAACGAAAGGGUUCCAUGAUUUCAGUGAUGUCUUCAGAUGGAAAUGCAGACACACCUGUUAGCAAAUUUAUGGACAGGCUGCUCUCCUUGAUGGUGUGUAACCAUGAGAAAGUGGGACUUCAGAUACGGACCAACGUUAAGGAUCUAGUGGGUCUAGAGUUGAGUCCUGCUCUUUAUCCAAUGCUGUUUAACAAAUUGAAGAACACCAUCAGCAAGUUUUUUGAUUCCCAAGGACAGGUUUUAUUGACUGACACCAAUACUCAGUUUGUAGAGCAAACCAUAGCUAUAAUGAAGAACUUACUAGAUAAUCAUACCGAAGGCAGCUCUGAACAUCUGGGGCAAGCUAGCAUUGAAACGAUGAUGUUAAAUCUGGUCAGAUAUGUUCGUGUGCUUGGAAAUAUGGUCCAUGCAAUUCAAAUAAAAACAAAGCUUUGUCAGUUAGUUGAAGUCAUGAUGGCAAGAAGAGAUGACCUCUCAUUUUGUCAAGAGAUGAAAUUUAGGAAUAAGAUGGUAGAAUACCUGACAGACUGGGUUAUGGGAACAUCAAACCAAGCAGCAGAUGAUGAUGUAAAAUGUCUUACAAGAGAUUUGGACCAGGCAAGCAUGGAAGCAGUAGUUUCACUCCUGGCUGGUCUUCCGCUGCAGCCUGAGGAAGGAGAUGGUGUGGAACUGAUGGAAGCCAAAUCACAGUUAUUUCUUAAGUACUUCACGUUAUUUAUGAACCUUCUGAAUGACUGUAGUGAAGUUGAAGAUGAAAAUGCACAGACAGGUGGCAGGAAGCGUGGCAUGUCUCGGAGGCUGGCAUCACUGAGGCACUGUACAGUUCUUGCGAUGUCGAACUUGCUCAAUGCUAAUGUGGACAGUGGCCUCAUGCACUCCAUAGGUUUAGGUUAUCACAAGGAUCUCCAGACGAGAGCUACAUUUAUGGAAGUUCUGACAAAAAUCCUUCAACAAGGCACAGAGUUUGAUACCCUUGCAGAAACGGUGCUGGCAGAUCGGUUUGAGAGACUAGUGGAGUUGGUCACCAUGAUGGGUGAUCAGGGAGAGCUCCCCAUAGCUAUGGCUCUGGCCAAUGUGGUCCCUUGUUCGCAGUGGGAUGAACUAGCUCGAGUUCUGGUUACCCUAUUUGAUUCUCGGCAUUUGCUCUACCAACUGCUCUGGAACAUGUUUUCGAAGGAAGUAGAAUUAGCAGACUCUAUGCAGACUCUCUUCCGAGGCAACAGCUUGGCCAGCAAAAUAAUGACAUUCUGUUUCAAGGUAUAUGGUGCUACCUACCUACAAAAACUCCUGGAUCCUUUAUUACGAAUUGUUAUUACAUCCUCUGAUUGGCAACAUGUCAGCUUUGAAGUGGAUCCUACCAGACUGGAACCGUCAGAGAGCCUCGAGGAGAACCAGCGGAACCUCCUUCAGAUGACGGAGAGGUUCUUCCACGCCAUCACCAGCUCCUGCUCCGAGUUCCCCCCUCAGCUUCGCAGUGUGUGCCACUGCCUGUACCAGGCAACUUGCCACUCCCUACUGAACAAAGCUACAGUAAAAGAAAAAAAGGAAAACAAAAAAUCAGUGGUUAGCCAGCGUUUUCCUCAGAACAGCAUCGGUGCAGUAGGAAGUGCCAUGUUCCUCAGAUUUAUCAAUCCUGCCAUUGUCUCACCGUAUGAAGCAGGCAUUUUAGAUAAAAAGCCACCACCUAGAAUCGAAAGGGGCUUGAAGUUAAUGUCAAAGAUACUUCAGAGUAUUGCCAAUCAUGUUCUCUUCACAAAAGAGGAGCAUAUGAGGCCUUUUAAUGAUUUUGUGAAAAGCAACUUUGAUGCAGCUCGAAGGUUUUUCCUUGAUAUAGCGUCAGAUUGCCCUACAAGUGAUGCAGUAAAUCAUAGUCUUUCCUUCAUCAGUGAUGGCAAUGUGCUUGCUUUACAUCGUCUUCUUUGGAACAAUCAAGAGAAAAUUGGCCAGUAUCUUUCCAGCAAUAGGGAUCAUAAAGCUGUUGGAAGACGACCUUUUGAUAAAAUGGCAACCCUGCUCGCAUACCUGGGCCCUCCAGAGCACAAGCCUGUGGCAGACACGCACUGGUCCAGCCUUAACCUCACCAGCUCCAAGUUUGAGGAAUUUAUGACAAGGCAUCAGGUACAUGAGAAAGAAGAGUUCAAGGCUUUGAAAACAUUAAGUAUUUUCUACCAAGCUGGGACUUCCAAAGCUGGGAAUCCUAUUUUUUAUUAUGUUGCACGGAGGUUCAAAACUGGCCAAAUCAAUGGUGAUCUGCUGAUAUACCACGUCUUGCUAACUUUAAAGCCAUAUUAUGCAAAGCCAUAUGAAAUUGUAGUGGACCUUACGCAUACUGGGCCCAGCAAUCGCUUUAAAACAGACUUUCUCUCCAAGUGGUUUGUUGUUUUUCCUGGCUUUGCUUAUGACAACGUCUCUGCAGUCUAUGUCUACAACUGUAACUCCUGGGUCAGGGAGUACACCAAGUACCAUGAGCGGCUGCUGACUGGUCUCAAAGGUAGUAAAAGACUCAUCUUCAUAGAUUGUCCUGGGAAACUGGCUGAGCACAUAGAGCACGAACAACAGAAACUGCCUGCUGCCACCUUGGCUUUAGAAGAGGACCUAAAGGUGUUCCACAAUGCUCUCAAGCUAGCUCACAAAGACACCAAAGUUUCCAUUAAGGUUGGUUCUACUGCUGUUCAAGUAACCUCAGCUGAGAGAACAAAAGUCCUAGGGCAGUCAGUUUUUCUAAAUGAUAUCUAUUAUGCCUCGGAAAUUGAAGAGAUCUGCCUGGUGGAUGAGAACCAGUUCACCUUAACCAUUGCAAACCAGGGCACACCACUCACCUUCAUGCAUCAGGAGUGUGAAGCCAUCGUCCAGUCUAUCAUUCAUAUCCGGACACGCUGGGAGCUGUCACAGCCUGACUCCAUCCCCCAGCACACCAAGAUUCGGCCAAAAGACGUACCUGGGACACUGCUUAAUAUUGCAUUACUUAAUUUGGGCAGUUCAGACCCUAGUUUACGGUCAGCUGCCUAUAAUCUUCUCUGUGCCUUAACUUGUACUUUUAAUUUAAAAAUCGAGGGCCAGUUACUAGAGACAUCAGGUUUAUGUAUCCCUGCCAACAACACUCUCUUUAUUGUCUCGAUUAGUAAGACACUGGCAGCCAACGAGCCACACCUCACGUUAGAAUUUUUGGAAGAGUGUAUUUCUGGAUUUAGCAAAUCUAGUAUUGAGUUGAAGCACCUCUGUUUGGAAUAUAUGACUCCGUGGCUGUCCAAUCUAGUCCGUUUUUGCAAGCAUAACGAUGAUGCCAAACGACAAAGAGUGACUGCUAUUCUUGAUAAGCUGAUAACAAUGACCAUAAAUGAAAAACAGAUGUACCCGUCUAUUCAAGCAAAAAUAUGGGGGAGCCUUGGGCAGAUUACAGAUCUGCUUGAUGUUGUACUAGACAGCUUCAUCAAAACCAGUGCAACAGGUGGCUUGGGAUCCAUCAAAGCUGAGGUGAUGGCAGAUACUGCUGUAGCUUUGGCCUCUGGAAAUGUGAAAUUGGUUUCAAGCAAGGUUAUUGGACGGAUGUGCAAAAUAAUUGAUAAGACGUGCUUGUCUCCAACUCCGACUUUGGAGCAGCAUCUGAUGUGGGAUGACAUCGCCAUCUUAGCACGCUACAUGCUGAUGCUGUCCUUCAACAACUCCCUCGAUGUGGCAGCUCAUCUCCCCUACCUCUUCCACGUCGUGACGUUCUUAGUGGCCACUGGCCCACUCUCGCUGAGAGCUUCCACACAUGGGCUGGUCAUCAAUAUCAUCCACUCUCUGUGCACUUGUUCACAGCUUCAGUUUAGUGAAGAGACCAAGCAAGUUUUGAGACUCAGUCUGACAGAGUUCUCAUUGCCAAAAUUUUACUUGCUGUUUGGCAUUAGCAAAGUCAAGUCAGCCGCAGUCAUUGCCUUCCGUUCCAGUUACCGGGACAGGUCAUUCUCUCCUGGCUCCUACGAGAGGGAGACUUUUGCUUUGACAUCUUUGGAAACAGUCACAGAAGCCUUGUUGGAGAUCAUGGAGGCAUGUAUGAGAGACAUUCCAACAUGCAAGUGGCUGGACCAGUGGACAGAACUAGCGCAAAGAUUUGCAUUCCAAUAUAAUCCAUCCCUACAACCAAGAGCUCUUGUUGUCUUUGGCUGUAUUAGCAAACGAGUGUCUCAUGGCCAGAUAAAGCAAAUUAUCCGUAUUCUUAGCAAGGCACUUGAGAGUUGCUUAAAAGGACCUGAUACUUACAACAGUCAAGUUCUGAUAGAAGCUACAGUAAUAGCACUAACCAAAUUACAGCCACUUCUUAAUAAGGACUCCCCUCUACACAAAGCCCUCUUCUGGGUAGCUGUGGCCGUGCUGCAGCUCGAUGAGGUCAACUUGUAUUCAGCAGGCACUGCUCUUCUUGAACAAAACUUGCACACCCUGGAUAGUCUCCGGAUAUUCAAUGACAAGAGUCCAGAAGAAGUAUUUAUGGCAAUCCGGAAUCCUCUGGAAUGGCACUGCAAGCAAAUGGAUCAUUUUGUUGGACUCAAUUUCAACUCCAACUUUAAUUUUGCACUGGUUGGACACCUCUUAAAAGGGUACAGACAUCCUUCACCUGCUAUUGUUGCAAGAACAGUCAGAAUUUUGCAUACACUACUAACUUUGGUUAACAAACACAGAAACUGUGACAAGUUUGAGGUGAAUACGCAGAGUGUGGCUUACUUAGCAGCUUUACUCACAGUGUCUGAAGAGGUUCGAGGUCGUUUCAGCUUAAAACAUAGACAGUCACUUCUUCUUACUGAUAUUUCAAUGGAAAAUGUUCCUAUGGACACAUAUCCCAUUCAUCAUGGUGAUCCCAGCUACAGGACACUAAAGGAGAAUCAGCCAUGGUCCUCUCCCAAAGGUUCUGAAGGGCAUCUGACAGCCACCUAUCCAACUGUGGGACAGACCAGUCCCCGAGCCAGGAAAUCCAUGAGCUUGGAUAUGGGGCAGCCUUCUCAGGCUAACACUAAGAAAUUGCUUGGAACAAGGAAAAGUUUUGAUCACUUGAUAUCAGACACAAAGGCUCCUAAAAGGCAAGAAAUGGAAUCAGGGAUGACAACACCCCCCAAAAUGAGGAGAGUAGCAGAGACUGAUUAUGAAAUGGAAACUCCAAGGAUUUCCUCCGCACAGCAGCACCCGCAUUUAUGUAAGGUUUCCAUGUCGGAAUCGAAUGCUCUCUUGGAUGAAGAAGUGCUGACUGAUCCGAAGAUACAAGCGCUCCUUCUUACCGUUCUAGCUACUCUGGUAAAAUAUACCACGGAUGAGUUUGAUCAACGAAUUCUUUAUGCGUACUUAGCAGAGGCCAGUGUGGUAUUCCCCAAAGUUUUUCCUGUUGUGCACAAUUUGCUGGACUCUAAGAUCAACACCCUGUUGUCAUUGUGCCAAGACCCAAAUCUGUUAAAUCCAAUCCAUGGAAUCGUGCAGAGUGUGGUGUAUCAUGAAGAAUCCCCUCCACAGUACCAGACGUCUUACCUGCAAAGUUUUGGCUUUAAUGGCUUAUGGCGGUUUGCAGGACCCUUUUCAAAGGACUGGACAAGGAGAACGUGGAACUCUCCCCCACCACCGGCCACUGUAACAGUGGACGCACGCGCCACGGAUCCGCAAGCCAAGUGCAGAAGCAGAGAAGCGCUGGCAGUUUCAAACGGAAUAGCAUCAAGAAGAUCGUGUGAAGCCUGCUGCUCUCUCAGCUCAGACCGGCCUCCUCGGCCUCCGCCUCGCGCGGGCUCCCGGGUGCCCCGCCCCCAGCCUCGCCCCACCCCCACAGGUCCUGAUGCUACACCUCCUGUUCGUCAGAGAGCCGUCCGGUCUGCCACGUGGCCAGACCAUCAACUCUCGGAAGCGCUGCCUAAAUUUAAUGCUGCUUUCUCCUUCCAUUUUUCUUUGUACUUUUGGCGUCUAUCCGGUAUAAGCAAGCGUUGAGAACAACUGCAAGGACAGUGGGGGGUCAGGAGACUGGAACAGUGAGCAGUGGACGCGGGAAGCCGCACAGCCGGCCGGCGAGGACAGCCGUGCACACGGAGCUCCGCCCUGGGCUCCCCCUCUUCGUCCUACCAAGUCAGAGUCUUAGUUUUAUUCACACACUUUUCAAGAUAGACGUUUACAGGAGAAAAAAUAUUAUAGCCCCAGUACAUUUAGUCUUUUAGCUGUGGACUUUUUUUUACCUUACGAAACCGAAGGAACGUAGGGUCAGGCCUCAGUGACUUCACAGCACCAAGCCCCGGGCCAGGCACUGUGGGGGCGGGGCAGGGUGGGGCGGGGCUAACGUUCUGCAGUAGACUCUUCAAUACUAACACUUGAGUAUUAGCAAUAAUUACAGGAGAGUAAGCGUGACCACACCGACAUUAGCAUCGCCGAAUCAAAGCUCUGGGUUCUGAGGCCUUAGCCAAUCUCAGUCAUCCAAACUCUUUUUUUUCCAUUUGAUUAUCUUUUAAUCUUUAAAUAUGCUGAAGGUUUUUUUGUUUGUAAGCCAAAACUAUACUAAGUAUAGUAAUUACACGUCUUUCCCCUCCUCCUCCUUGUUCCCAAAUAAUUGUGCGCAGGGUAAAUCAGUGAACAAAGUCUCGGAGAUUCUUCCCAGAAGGUAACUUUCAUGGAUUUCGCGUUAGCUCCAUGGCAAAACAGAAUGGUACGUGACUUCUAGGGUAGCUGAUAUGUUAAUUUUGUUAAAUAAUUUCCUAAGAAACAUAGAGAAUGGUGUAUAUUAUCAAAUUUUUUGAUAAGAUGUAUUUUAAAUAUCUUUUAAUCUUGCCCCUCUCCUCUUAAAAAAAAAAAAAAAGGAAUCUCUCUGUCAAAACAUUUGGGUUCUAUGUGAUAGAAUUGCAUUUAUUCACUGUGAAAAGCCUGACCAGCCUGCAAGAGCGUGACAGGGGGCCGCUGGCGUUGCUGCUAUCCUGAGGUGUGGCUCACCACGGUGUGGGAAUCGCCAUGGUAAUGCAGAUCCUGUUUCCCUGUGGUACCUGCGGUGUGCAAAAUAGUCUGAGCUCAGUGAGCAUAUUAGUACCUGAUGCUCCAGUUUAGGAUUGAACCAUAUUUAUUAUGAAAAGAUACUACCCCCACUCCCAGGUCCCCUUUAUAUGUUAUGAUAUAAUGGCUUUGGGAGGGGGAAAACUUAGGGGAGAGGGGAGUUUCAUGUAGUGCUGUUCAGUAGUGGAUUUCAGUAAAUUAAAUUCCACAGCUAAUUCAAUAAAUAAUGGUACAUUUAAGUGUUCUGAUUCUAAUAAUAUAACAUUUCACAUUUAUCCACACAAUAACAAUGUAAUAUGUUAAUGUAAAUAAAAUUGCCUUUUUUAUUAAGAAAUAACAAGAAUUUAAUUUUUUUAAUUUGUUUACAGUCCUGGGAAAGGUUAAGAACCAUUGCCAAAAUAAAGGGAAAAAAAAUCUUAGUAUUCAUAGUGAUUUUAACAUAGGAUUGUUGGAAAAUACUUAAGACAGGUGCAAUUAAAUAAACGUUUGUUUUUAACUAUUAGAGGCUACAUUAGAAUAAAAUGUUUAUAAUAGCAGAAGCCUAGAACUGAGGUUAGAAAUAGACCGGCAACCCAGUGCCAAGGAUGCCACGCUGCGGCGGUGUCGGCCGCCCGCGCCUCUGGGCUGACAGCGCCGCCGCCGCAGCCGGCUCCUCGGCCCCUGAGCAGCCGGCGGGAGCCCUGGAUCCCUGCGCUUCCCCCGCUUUCCUCGCUUUCCUCGUUGUUGGUUUGGUGCAUAUAAUGGUGGGGGUCCGCUCUUGUGCUCCUCCCAUCGAAACAGAGAAACUUCCAAAGAUUUAAUGCUAAAUUUCCACCCACAAGUUUACCAAGGAGGGAGGUGUCUUCAGCGUGUGGCUUCCCGCUAGCGCGGUGGGCGGAAGGAAGCCAUCGGAGGACCUCCUGAGACGGUCAGGAGCGGCCAGGGGACCGCCAGCUUCCUGAGGCUCAGGGCCGGCCUCCGCCAAGGAACUCGCAGCUCGGGGACGGGGUCGGGCUGCCCGGGCCCGUGUGUCUCCCACCGACCUGCGCCCCUGAGACAGGAAACGCGGUUUCCAGUGCCCACGCCUCAUCUGCGAGGGAAAUUCUGCAGUUGGGUGCAAGGGGCCCGUUGCUGCGGCGUCGAGAGCACCAUCAGCGCUUGGUUGGGGGUUGUGGGCGUCUCCCUCAAGCUUGGAAAAAAAACACAACAGCAAGCCACCACAUUGGUGUCACACGCACCUGUACCUGCUGCAAGGUGCCCUUGGGCACCAACACCAAGAGGGUGUGUUGGGGGACAGUGGCACGUGCUGUGUCCUGUGGUCACCUAUCCAGAAUGGACCAGCAGUCAGCUCCCAGCCCCGGCAGGGGACACAGCGCCAGCCGCUGCCCAGCCCCCUGCUGCGUGGGUAGGUCCUAAGGGUUUUCAAUUUCAUGCUGGCCUUUUGUUCAGUUUUUGGUUUUAUUUCUGCACCCCCGGCCCCAGGCGUACGAGGCGUGUCUUGCUCAGUGUUCCCCGAUGGACUGAACACAAACACUGAGCGUCAGCCACACCAGUUUUUUUUUAAAUGCAGUAUAUUCACCUGUAAAUAAUCUGUGUAAAAUUUGACAGAAAAGUAUAUUUACUACACUGUAAAUACAUGUGAUGAUAUAUUGUAUUAUUUUGCUUUUUUGUAAAGCAGUUAGUUGCUGUACAUGGAUAACAAAAAUUUGAUUAUUCUCGUGUUAGUAUUGUUAACUUCUUCCUGCGCCUGCGUUACAUCAUUUAAAGAAGAUGCUGUGUGUUGUAACCCUGCAUUGUAUAUGAUAACAUCCCCCACCCGCCUCGCCCGGCAGUGCCCUGCCUGCAGCUUUGUGUGACGUCGUAAGCGCCCACCGCCCACGGGAGGGAGACGCCCCCAGACCUUGGCGGCCAUGGCAGGGGAGUCACAGAAAUGGGUCCAGGCCACUGUUCCCUGCCCCAGUUGCCUCCUUGUGUAAUGUACUCCCCUCCCCACCCCUUUUUUAAAAGUAAAAUGUAAAUUCACUUGGCUCAAA